AUGGCUGUGACUUCUCAACCGCGGCCGCGGCCUCUUUUUGUGUACGGAACGCUUAGAGCGUUGCCCCUUCUUGCUUGGGCGUUGACCGGAGACGCUGCAAAGACCAGCGCUGUGGCAGACUUGGUGCGCCCAGCCAAGGUCCACGGCUGUGCAAGAUAUUCCACCCACCAUUGCAACUAUCCGGCAGUCAUUAAGCAGGACGACCACGAGGUUGACGGGUACGUUCUACUUCUCAAGACCAAGCCGCAGAGGAAGAAGCUCGACGACUUUGAGGGUGAGGCCUACACACCUACAGCUGCCCUUGCGACACUCGAUGACGGCACCACCAUUGAAACAGAUAUCUAUCUCUGGGAUGGUAAUCCAGAGUCCCUGUAUACGGAGCCGGGCUGGGAUCUGGACACUUUUGUAAAAGAAAGACUAGAGGAUUGGCUAGAUCUGUUUGAAGGCAUGGAGUUGGUCGGGGAAUCCGAUACAGAUUGA